GAGAGAGAGAGAGAGAGAGAGAGAGAGAGAGAGAGAGAGAGAGAGAGAGAGAGAGAGAGAGAGAGAGAGCUGCAGGUUCUGGAGAGCUGAGAUGUUCCUCUCCGCUGAUUCCCACUGAUUCCUCCUCUCCGCUCCCACUUGGAAGUACGUGCAUCGCCGCCGUUUGGCACCAGAAGUGUCGGCUUGGAUGAGGAAUCGAGGGCGAGCUGUUGCCACUUUUGGCGAGAGGAUUUCUCCCUUUUGAUUUCCUCCUCUGCAUCUGGAUUAUUCUUCAUUAUUCCUCGUCUUUUUUCUCCUCCAGGAGAUGGCAAGUUGUUGCCCGUCAGACGCAGGGACCCGCUGCUGAGAGCUCGCAGGAUGAUGCUGGAUCUGUUACUUUGAGACAACCUGCGGUUCAUUGGACGUAUAAAAACCUCCCCGGACGUUAUUUCUCUCGCCUCGUCGCGUCUUUAUUUUCUUGUUUUUUUAAUUCCCCCCCCUUCGCCUGUCAUGUCUGUGUUGUACCAUCACACACGGAUGCGCGGUGGAUUGCUAUUGUUCCUUCUCACCCAAGUCGUCUCGGUCGCCUCGCUGACACAGACCGAUAAAUGCGGGGGGAAUAUAGAGAUUGACGUCGCGGACUACCUGACCUCCCCGGGCUACCCCGGCGCCUACCCGCCCUCCCAGCAGUGCGUGUGGGUGAUAACUGCCCCUGAUCCGGGUCAGAAGAUCCUCAUCAACUUCAAUCCCCAUUUCGAUCUGGAGGACAGAGACUGCAAGUACGACUUUGUGGAGGUUUACAAUGGCGGCGACGAGCUCUCGCCCAUGUUGGGGAAGUUUUGCGGGAAGAUCGCUCCGUCCCCGAUCGUCUCCAGCGGCAGCCAGCUCCUCAUCAAGUUCGUCUCCGACUACGAGACCCACGGGGCCGGAUUCUCCGUUCGCUACGAGGUCUUCAAGACAGGUCCAGAAUGUUCCAGGAACUUCACGGCUCCCCGGGGCGUCAUCAAGACGCCGGGAUUCCCCGAGAAGUACCCCAACAACCUGGACUGCACCUUCAUGAUCGUCGCCCCCAAGAUGUCGGAGAUCGUGGUGGAGUUCGACAGCUUCGACAUGGAGCCCGACACCACGCCGCCGCCGGGCGCCCUCUGCAGAUACGACUGGCUGGAGAUCUGGGACGGGUUCCCCGCAGUUGGUCCCCACAUCGGCAGAUACUGCGGCCCGACCUCCCCGGGCCGCGUGAUCUCCUACACCGGCAUCCUGUCCAUGACCAUCACCACUGACAACGCCAUCGCCAAGGAGGGCUUCUCCGCCAACUACACCAUCCGCGAGAGGAGCCUCCCCCUGGGACACGAAGACGAGGACUUCGCUUGCAUGGAGCCGCUGGGCAUGGAGUCGGGGGAGGUGUCUUCGGAGCAGAUCAGCGCCUCGUCCCAGUACAACCCCAACUGGUCCCCUGAACGCUCUCGCCUCAACUACCAGGAGAACGGCUGGACGCCCUCGGACGACACCGUCAGGGAGUGGAUCCAGGUGGACUUGGGAUUUCUCCGGUUCAUCACGGCCAUCGGGACGCAGGGAGCCAUCUCAAAAGAGACCAAGAAGCAUUACUUUGUCCGCGCGUACAAAGUGGACCUGAGCUCCAACGGAGAGGACUGGGUCACGGUGAAGGAGGGCUCCAAGCAGAAGAUCUUUCAGGGGAACCUCAACGCGAUGGCCGAGGCUCAAGCUUUUCUUCCCAAACAGACUCUGGCUCGCUACGUCCGCAUCCGCCCCAUGACCUGGGAGCAAGGCAUCUGCAUGCGCUUCGAGGUCUACGGCUGCAGAACGUCAGACUACCCAUGCUCGGGGAUGCUGGGGAUGGUGUCGGGUCAGAUCUCGGACGCACAGAUCAGCGCCUCCUCCUACGCCGACCGCGGCUGGGUAGCUGAGAACUCCCGCUUGUUGACGGGGAGGUCGGGCUGGACCGGGCAGCAAACCAAGCAGCCCUUCAGGAACGAGUGGCUGCAGGUGGAUCUGGGCCAGGACAAGAUGGUGAGCGGCGUUGUGAUCCAGGGAGGGAAACACCGCGACAGGAACGUCUUCAUGAAGAGGUUCAAAGUGGGCGUCAGUGUGGAUGGAGAAGACUGGAACUAUGUGAAGGAGGAAAACACCACCAGGCCAAAGAUUUUCACUGGGAAUCAGAACCACGACACUCCGGAGCUGAGGUCCAUGGGUCCGUUCCUCACACGCUUCGUCAGGAUCUACCCGGAGAGGGCCACCAACGAGGGCCUGGGCCUGCGCCUGGAGCUGCUGGGCUGUGAACUGGAAGAAAUUACCACGACAGCGCCCCCUACCACGCCCAUCGCCUCUACACUUCCCAUGACCACGGUCCCCACCACCAUGGCGCCGACCACCCAUUGGUACUGCAACACCCAUGGCGCGACGGAGGCGCCCGACGACUACGACUCGGCGACAGCAGGAGGCACCGCAGCGGCCGACCCAAUCGUGGACUUCAUGCCAGCGUACGUGUGGUUCGCCUGUAACUUUGAGUUCUCGUCUUUCUGCGGCUGGUCCAGAGAAACGGGAAACGGCGCCGAGUGGCUCAUCCAGACCACCGGCGCUCCUGCCGUCCACAGAGGACCGACACACGACCACAUAGGCAGACCGGGGAACUUCAUCUACAUGCAGCUGAUGGACACAGAGGCGUACAGCAAGACGGGCGAGGACGAGGCGGAAAAGAGGGCGAGGUUGACGAGCCUGCCCAUCACGGCGCCGGACGCCGACCUGUGCAUGUCCUUCUGGUAUCACAUGUCCGGUGACCACGUGGGGGCGCUGCACAUCAGGCAGAGGAAGGAGGCCGAGGGGGAGCAGAUGCUGUGGACGCUCAGGGGACAUCAGGACAAACGCUGGAGGGAGGGACGGGUCCUACUGCCGCACUCCAGCAUCUCGUAUCAGGUGGUGGUGGAGGGUGUUGCAGACAGACACAGCACAGGUCACAUCGCUGUGGACAACAUCCAGAUCAUGGAUGGGCUCAAUGCUGAGGACUGCAAGGAUCCAGAAGCUCCUACGUCUCCACCGACGGACAUCUUCAUCCUACCGAUGGACUCUCUCUCACUGGAGAACAGCGAGCUCGGAGGCCCGGGCAACAUGCUGAAGACCCUGGACCCCAUCCUCAUCACCAUCAUCGCCAUGUCGGCACUGGGCGUCUUCCUGGGCGCCAUCUGCGGCGUGGUGCUCUACUGCGCCUGCUCGCAGGGCAGCAUGACGGACAGGAACUUAUCCGCCCUGGAGAACUAUAACUUUGAGCUGGUGGACGGCGUGAAGCUAAAGAAGGACAAGAUGAACGGACAGACUAACUACUCAGAGGCGUGAGGGCGGGGACGAGAGACGGAGCCGAGGAUGCUCCGCGUGGACACAUGAUGCAGCCAAUCAAGCGAGAGGAACCUGGGGGCCCGAGGCCUCCAACGGGACAGCAGGGUGGGCUGAGAGGGAGCCGAUGUAAUUUUAUUUCUCAGGAGCGGCGGUGGAAGGGACCGACCUGUAGGGGGCACUGUGUAUAAAGAAUCUGUACAGCAAAAAAAAAGAAGAAGAAGAAGAAAAAGACAACUAAGGAUUCUAUUUGUUUUUUCUCGACGUGCUUUGUUGAUUUAUCGUCAUCACUUGCUGGUGUUGAGACCGACGCAGACGAAAGAAUCGUUUGUGUACUUUUAUGGAAAGAAAAUAUCUGUUUGUUUAUUUGUUUUGUUUUCAGACGUCAUCGUUUGAACAGGGCAGAGUGUGUGUGUGUGUGUGUGUGUGUGUGUGUGUGUGUGUGUGUGUGUGGUCAUUACACUCAUUUUUAUCUAUAUCCAUGAACACAUAUUUCUCUCGCUCCCUCUGUGUGUGUGUGUGUGUAUGUGAGAACAUGCAUGUGUGUGUGUGUGUGUGUGAGUGCGUGCGUGCAUGCAUGCAAUUGUGUGUGAGGUCAUUACACUCAUGUUUAUCUGUAUCCAUGAACAUAUAUUUCUCUCUCUCCGUGUGUGUGUGUGUGUGUGUGUGUGCGUGUGCGUGUGCGUGUGCGUGCACGGCGGGUACCAUCCUGACCCGUUGACCCGUGUCUAGUUCCAACAGUGCCUUUUAUUUCCUCCAGUUUUUCCGUUGCCUUGUUUUCUCAUCAGCUGGUUCUGUCCGGGGUUCCCACACAAACAUGCGGGAAAAAAAGUCCAGAGAAUGAAUUCUGAACUUUUUCCAGAUUGUGAUCAUCACACUUCAGUGUCUUCAGUGUCGUCGCUCGUGCUGGAGUCGAUCUGCAGAUCCUCUUUGCUCGACGGCUACAGACUCAAAUGUUCAAAUCCAAGUUAACAGUUACGUUUUCAGAAGAUGUGUAGGAGCCCUGAACGCCUCGUUUUCAUGGCACACGACACAUCCAACAUAUUGUACAUAGGUUUUAAUAUAUUUGAGCGCCCCUCUUUUUUUUAUAUAUAUAUAUAUAUAUAGAAAAAGACACCAGUGCCGCAGUAUCCUUUCCACGUUGAAAUCAAACUCAACUUCAUCUUCAAAAUUCAGAAAAUGUACAAAAAAGUCCUGAUUUGAACAGACAGAGACAGAAUCCUGUCGUUUGUGUUUGUUUUGAAAAUGUGAUCAAGUCGUGAGUUUUGUUGCUGUGUCCUGGGAACAAGACGUUUUUUUAACAAUGAGGAAACAAGGAUUUAUGAUUGUUGAGGAAGGCCUCGUGGGAAGUGAUGCUUUGUGUACAGGGUAAAACGGACAAACUGGGAGAGGGAUCGUUGGACUGAAAUGUAAAAUACGUUUCUCACUGACAAACAAAAUGACUGUUGAACGUUUGGCCUGAAACGUGUCCAGAGUCAGAAAGACUUCACCAGAGAGGAAGUGGAAGGCUCUGACCCAGAAUCAACGUUUGCUGUGACAAUGCUGUGUGUGUCUGUGUCUCCAGUGCUGACUAUCAGAGGAAGGAUUUAUACAUGAACUUUUAUCAGAGUCACCCGGCGACAACAACGAUCAUCACGUCCUGGAAACGACAAACAGAAUCAAGUCUCGUUUUUUAGAACCAAGAUGAGUUCAUCAGAGCAGAGCAGAGACCCAACGGGGAAAACCCAGUAAACCAUUCAAUUCAAAUACAAAUUUUUAUUUCUUUUCAUUGUUUAAAACAGGUGAAAGUCGGAUUUGCAGUUAAAAUACUGUGGUUUGAUUCUUUCCUGUUUGUGUUACUCACUGGGAACGACCCAGACCAGUGUCCAUCUCACGGCAGAAAAGAGGUUAAAACCAACUUCUUCUAUAAAUUCUGUUUCUUUUCAUCAUUUACAACCGGUUGUAAAAAUGUAAUUUGCCGUUAAAAACACUGGUUUGUUUCUUUUGCUUUUUACCUGAAGGAAUCUGCUUCAUAAACUCCACUCAUCUGACUUUAAUCUGCAUUUUAAAUCCGGGAGCAUGUUGGUAACUGUCAACAUUUCAGAAUGGUGCAAAAGGGUUUUAUUCACCGUGUCCUCUUGAAAAUUGGAUUUUAUAAACAUGCAGGUUUUUCUUUGCUCCAUCAUCAGCGUCUCCUUUGAAAAGUAUUAAGUUAACGGUCAAUAUGGCAAAAGGCAGAAAAUCUAAUUAAACUGACUUGUUCUUACUUUAAAUUGUUCAGUGAACGUUGGUUUUAAAAAACUAAAAACAAUAACCUUUGUGUUAAUAUUCCUGCUUUGUUCUGUUUUAGCUUCCAUCAAACGUUUCAUGUUCACACUGCACGUCACAGGUUUAACAAGUUGUGAGUUGUUUCUGCACACGAACCUGUUUUCAAACAACACGACUCAAAAUGUGAAGCGAGACUGUGGCCCAGCGGUUCGUUUAGAAUUGAUUCUCGGGCCCAUUUUUAAGGUUUUUCUGUUUUGCCGUAAAAAGGAAACUUCCUCAGUUGAUUGAUUUGAAUCAGAUCCUCGUCUGGUUUCAGUAAACGAACACGUCACAUCAAACGAAGCUGCUCUGGCUGUUGAGAGGCUCCUGAUUCUCACCGGUUCAGUCCUCUUCUUUGUGUUUUUGAGUCUGACGGGAACUUGUGUGUGUGUGUGUGUGAGUCGGUCACGUGUUGAUAAAACUCUUCCUCCUGAGCAAGAAAGGAUUCUGCAGCACUCGACGUGAAAACAAAUGUUGCACUGAUAUAUUUAAAAAAAAUCUAUGUGUUUAUGAUGUUGAUUUAAAAAGAGAGAAGGAAGGUAGAAGAGUGUUAUUGUUGCUUCUUUCUAACAGUUUCAGAUGACAGUGUUAUGAUUCUGAAAUGUACAAUUUACAGAGAUGUUUUUCAUUCUGGAAAAAGCUUAUAUCGUCUCUUUGAAACGUAACAAUUUUAUUUACCUGGUAUAAUAUCACUUUGUCUUUUUGUACCGUCACUGAUGUACGUGCCAUUGUUUUUUAUUUUCAUUUCAUUUUUUUCCCCCCUUGUAUGACAAGAAAAAAAGGUUUUAUUUUCAAUACUGCUUCUGUAAUUUUUUGCUGUCUCAGAUCCAGAAAAAAAACAAGAAAGGAAAUAAGAAAGUUUAAAAAAAGAUAAUUAUGGGGACAAAGUGAGGCCUUAAGUGACUAAAAGUAUUGUUUGUACUUUGACUUUCUGGUCAGCACCCACACUCAUCCGUCCCUGUCGUCUCAGACUCUCAUCAUUGACUAUUACAUUCCAAAGAAUUGGAUCAAAUAAAUGUUUUAAAUAAAA